AUGAAACAAUUCGCCGUUCUAGUGUGCCUCUCGUGCGCUGUGCUCGCCGCAGCUGCCCCACAGGGCUACAACUACAACAAGCAGCAACAAGCGGCGCCCGUCAUCCAGACUGGCAAUCUGCGUCCCCAGACUCCCGUCUCGACAAGUGGAAUAUACAAUGUGCCUGCCCAGCAGCAGCCUCAGCAGCAGGUCAUCCAGACGGUCUCGCCACCCGUGCAGACUGUUGUGAACACCGUUGAGCCUCAAGUGCAACUCCAGGUGCAACAUCAGGUUCAGUCGCAGCCUCAGCAGCCACAGCAGCAGAUCAUCUACCAGGCACCACAGCAACCACAGGUGAUUCAGCAGCCUCAGCAGCAGUUCGUCCAGACCAUUCAGCAGCCUCAGCAACAGUUCGUUCAGACCAUUCAGCAGCCACAGCAGCAGUUUGUGCAGUCGCAGUAUGUGCAGCGUCCUGCCAUCGUGACCAAGGAUAUUUACAUUCACUCUGCUCCCGAUGACACCGAGGAGAUCACCCGCGAUGCUCCUCAGCUCGACAAUCUGCCCAUUCGCAAGAACUAUCGCAUUGUGUUCAUCAAGGCGCCCACACAGAACCUGAAGCACACUGCUGCUGCUCUGAAGCGUGCCCAGGCCAGCAACGAGGAGAAAACCGUCAUCUAUGUGCUGUCCAAGAAGCCCGACAUCACCGAAAUCCAACAGCAUCUGCAGCUCAGCCAAACCGAAUCGAAGGUGCACAAGCCCGAGGUCUACUUCAUCAAGUACAAGACCACCGAGGAGGCUCAGCGCGCCCAGCAGGAGAUCCAGGCCCAAUACGAUGCUCUCGGCGGUGCCACACACAUUUCUGAUGAGGGUGUUGCUCCCAUCACCAGCUUCUCGGGUGGCUCCCUCAACAUUGGCAGCAUUGUGCCCCAGCAUGUCCAGACCCAGACCAUUGCCCAGCAGCCUCAGACUCAGACCAUUGUUCAGACCACGCCCAUUGUGAGCCAGAAUGUGCAGCAACAAGGAUCGUUUGUGCAGCAAUCUGGUCUGCAGAGCUCAACUGUGACUUCGGGUGUCAACUUCGGUGUCAACCAGCCUCUUAAGAGGUACGUGCCAGCCAAGACCUUCAAAUAA